AGGUUGAAGAGACGCACAGUCUUUAGUCUAGGUUAGAGAGGAUGUCAGAGGCAAUCUUUGUGGAGGUUAGAAGGGGAGGAUACAUGACCGUGGGGAAAACUCUGGAUGGGAAGGAACCAGAGCCUAAGGUUGCUGUAACUCAUGAGGUUGUAGAAAGGACACCAAGUUCCAGCCAAAGUGCCAAUAUGACGUCAACCAAAGAAGGACUGAGGAUCGGCAAGCCAGCACCAAACUUCUCUGGUACGGCUGUGAUCGAUGGAGACUUCAAGACCGUGAAGCUGGAUGACUACAGAGGAAAAUACCUAGUCUUCUUUUUCUAUCCCCUGGAUUUCACAUUUGUGUGUCCAACAGAAAUCAUUGCCUUCAGCGAUCGUUCAGAAGAGUUUCGAUCAAUUGGCUGUGAGGUAGUCGCUUGCUCUACAGAUAGCCAUUUUAGUCAUCUUGCCUGGGUCAACACCCCCAGGAAAAAGGGUGGACUCGGUCAGAUGAAAAUCCCACUGCUUGCAGACAAGACCAUGGAAAUUGCAAAAGCUUAUGGUGUUCUUAAAGAAGAGGAUGGUGUAACCUUCAGGGGUCUAUUUAUAAUUGAUGGUCAAGGAAUAUUGCGUCAAGUCACAGUCAAUGACCUCCCUGUUGGACGUUCAGUGGAUGAGACACUCAGGCUUGUUCAGGCUUUCCAGUUCACAGACAAGCAUGGAGAAGUGUGCCCUGCUGGUUGGAGACCAGGUGCAGACACCAUGAAGCCAGAUCCUAAAGGAAGCCAGACUUACUUUGAAAAGACCAACAAGUGAUCCUCUGCUGGCAUUUAACAUUUACACUUGAGCAAUUCUUGUAAACUGUAGGACAUUCUUUGGAAGGCAAAAUUUGACACUGCUUCGUUUUGAACAAUGAUAAUGUUGGAAAUUGGUCUAAGUGAGAAGGAUUGGGUUUUUCAUUUGAUGUAUAAUUCAUUACUUUGCGUCUGAGAAAAAAAUGCCCCCAUUUUUUGCUAAGCAAUGUGUUUGUGACUUGUUGUAGUGCUUUAGAUUAGUUUUUAACAUGAUCUUAGUUUGUCUUAGUUUUAGAAAACCAGACCCAUUAACAUCUUUGCUAUGUUAUACUCUUGGUCAGUGAAGUUUACCUCCGUUUUAGAUGUUUUAGUAUUUAUGUUUAAAUAUUAAAGCCUGUUGUUUGUAACUCGUUUUUACUACAUAUUUAAAUACCAUGUUGGUGUAAAACGUAUAGCUUAAUAGCACCUGGUAAAUAAAUUAGAGGGUUCUUAUUUUAACUCUACUUUUUAUUGUUGCACAAUGUGUACAAUGUCCUAUAUAUGUGUAGGUUCCAUAAAUAAACAAUAUUUCAUUUUAA